AACUGCAGUGUUUUGAUCUUUUGUGCUGCGUUUGGUUUUCCUCAGAAUCCAAGGGGCAGAGAAGAGUUCAGAACUCGAAAAUACAAAUCCCUAACCCAUUUCUUCCUCCAAUUUGUUGCUGCCAGAGACUCUCCUUCCCGUCGAUCAUUGACUGUCAAAGCUUUUACUGUGUUUCACUUUUGACUUCGAAUCGGCCAGUGUUCACGGUCGAAGCCAAGAGUCAGAGUGUUCACUGUGUAUUGUCGACUGCCAGAAGCUCCAUUGUCGAAGCCAAGAACCAGAUUUCACAGAAGCCAAAGCAGAAGGUCUAUUGGUAGUCUGCUGGCAUAUGCAAGAUGUACUCCAGAAUAGCACAAAUUCGCCUUGUGAGUUCACAUCAUGAGGUUUAUGAGCCAUGUGAUGAUUCAUUUGCAUUAGUUGAUGCACUUCUAGCUGAUCAAACUAACCUUUUGGAGCAUAAUCCUAGAUUAUGUGUGGAAGUGGGUUGUGGUAGUGGUUAUGUUAUUACCUCUCUUGCUCUUAUGCUCAGGCAGCGUGUUCCUGGGGUCUACUAUAUAGCCACUGACCUCAACCCUCAUGCAAUUAGUGUAACGCAUGAGACACUGGAAGCACAUGGUGUUCAUGCAGAGUUGAUACACACUGACAUUGUGUCUGGACUGGAAAAGCGACUGGCAGGGAUGGUAGAUGUGAUGGUUGUGAACCCACCUUAUGUCCCAACACCUGAUGAUGAAGUGGGUUGUGACGGAAUUACUUCUGCUUGGGCUGGAGGGGAGAAUGGUCGGAGAGUUAUCGACAGGAUAUUGCCCAUUGCGGAUGUUCUUUUGUCUGACAGAGGCUGGUUAUACAUGGUCACUCUUGCAGCAAAUGAUCCUUCACAGAUAUGCCGUCUAAUGAGAAAGAAGGGUUAUGCUUCUAGAAUUGUCGUCCAGAGAUCAACAGAAGAAGAGAGUCUUCUUGUCAUCAAGUUCUGGCGGGAUCCUGACACUCAAUUGGAUGCAAAGAAAACCAUAACAAACAAAACAAUUCCUGAAAGGGUCGUGGAGUCACUGUUUUCGCAGUUUUGUCAAUUGCCAUUCUCGAGAAAUGGUGGUAGCAACAGCUGAUCAAUGAGAAGGUAAAGUUCAUGCCUUUGCCUCUUGUUUGGUCAUUAUUUCUGUUUCGUUUAUAUAUUUUCAUGUUGUUCCUUGGGAUGUUUGCGUUCUAUGCUCCCUCAUUAUUUGCUGCCAAUAUGUUGUAUUCAUAUUUUUAUUGAAAGCAGCAUCAAUUUACUCUCGCUGUUCCAUAUGAAUGUCUCUCACCAGCCUCUACCUCCCCCUUUCUCCUAUUUCUGUAUCCUCAUUCUUUCACUUUGUGGUCACGGUUGCACGAGUUUAAUGCUUUUGGCCGGCCAUAAAAAAGAAUGUAAAAAGUGGAUAGAGGAAACAGAGCAUACCUCAACUGAUAUCUGAGCUGUUCUAUUAGUCUUUUAUUUUCCUAUCUUUAGUACUAAUCCAUUUUUUUUCUCAGAUCUUUUAUCUAUCAGUAGGUUCGAACUUAUCUGUCCCCGAUAAUAACCUUACAUUUCACAGGACAUAUUUGCAUGUAUGGGUAUUGUAGAACAAGUCUAGACCUUCCUUCUAGCAAGUCUUAAAGAACAUGGAUCUCAAUCUUUUGAAUUAUGACUUCAUCUACAACUUGAAGGAGAGUCUCCUUGUACAUGACAUGAAGUUCAACUUAUUUGUUGAUUUUGGAUGUAUUAGUUGUUUGGUUCUAAACCACUUCUUUGAAUAUCUCGGAAAUCCAAUUCAUAACAUUGUACUUGAAACAUUAUUGACGACUUUCAAAUAUCAAUUACCUUACUAUCAAGACAUUUAUUGUCUUGCAUUGUCUGAAAAUUUUCUUGCUGAUGGUCCUUCAGUCUUCAUAAAAGCAUGUAGGCAAAGUUAAGUUAGAGCACAGCAGAAAGCACCGGCAGGUCAUAGUUGUUUAUGAUCUGGAAUCAGAUUGGUUUCAGAUGUAGUGAUGAGUCGACAUUCAUAUAUUCAUCGAAGCCCUAUGCAUGCUUCAACUAGACGUGGAGUUUCAGUGUAAAGGAUGAUCAACAAUCUUGUGUAAGAUGAGGCCAUUUUUAUGUUCAGAUUUUGUUUGGCUUAGGCCAGAUAAUGAUUGUGUACGUAAUGCGAGUUCUCCAUGAGUGAGGGUUUUUUCUCUCUC